GCGCAGCUUCCCGGGACCCUCAAUCUUUUUCAAGUUGGGGAUGAUACACGUGUGAUGGCGUCUCAUUGUGAACUUUAGUUGCUGCCCUGUCCCCCGGCACCGUCUGGGAUGCUCCCCUAAAGAGGGGGAGACGCCUUUCCGCUUCCAACAGCUGCUAGGGUAGCAGCAAGAUCGCGGAGCGGGGGGGAGCGCGAUCAGGGUUCGCGGGCCAGGAUGGGGGUGGGGAGCGCGACCACCGGCUUCGCUCUGCUCCGGCCCCACCCCUCCCCUGGCCUCGCCCCUCUCUGGCCCUGCCCCGCCCAGGUCUGGCUCCUCGCCGGCUCCGCCCCUGCGCCGUCUCGCGCACAUGCGCCCUGGGGCUCCCCGUAUUUGUGGGAGGCCCGGGAACGGGAGGAAUCCCGCGCUGCAGCUCGGCCUGCCCCCCCUCAGCCCGAUGCCGGGGGUCCCACCGCGAAGACUAAAAUACUUCCCGGAUUUUUACUGAGUGGUUUUUCAGCGUUGGCCCUCAAAACUGCGGAACUGUUUUAAUCAGAAGCCGAUUUCACUUUUUUGUUGUAAUGAAGACAAAAUCUACCCAGGUCGCGUCCUCAGGCCUUGAAGUAGUUCAGCCUUACUUUCCACAUUCGUUUUCAUCAUGAUGGAUACUCAGUAUGUCCUCUGCAGAUGGAAAAAACGUUUAUGGCCAGCAAAGGUUUUGCCCCAGACUGGACUCUCCACAAGAAAACAUAUUCAGAAAAUGAGAUCAGCCUUUUUAAAUGUUGAAAUACUGAGUCUAGAUAAAAAAAUUAAAGUGAAGAAGACAGAAACCAAGAUUCUAGAGAAAUCUCAGAUAGAAGAGAUCGCUGCGGAACUUACUACCCAGGUUGAAAUAAAAACUACACCUAAAGAAGAACUGAUUUAUAGACGAUCACUUAAAUUCGGACUGGAUGUUUUGAGUCAGAAAGCAGAUGCUAUUGAAGCAAACUCUUUGAGCAAAAGUCUAACUACUCCCGUACUUCACAAACUGAAACAAACAAGACCUGCACAUGCUGUCUCUGAAUCUGACUCGUCACCUUUUGUCUGUGAAGAAGUGGUAGGAGGGUCUGGGCCCUUUAAGAAAGAAAAUGUACUACAGAGGCUGUCCAGUUCCCCCAUUGAAGAAAAUAAAUGCAAAAAGGGUUUAAAGAGGUCUGUUAGAAUUUAUGGUAACAAAACAGAACCCUUGGCCUCUCCAGCUAGAAAUAUUUUUGGCACUCAAAAGCUGCAGCAUCAGAAAUCUGAAAUUCCUAAGUCUUGGUCCAGAACUGGGAAAAACCAGAAACAAAAGAAAGAUGAUUCAUCACAAAACUUACAGCUGAACCUUAAGAAGAAAUUGGAAAUAAAGGAUAGUGGAAAGAAAGGCAGGAAAAGGCCAAGGAUUUCAAACAGGUAUUCAUCACCUUUUAAUGCUAGAGAAGAAGAUGAUACAAAUACUGAACUUGGAGAACUCAGUCCAGUUUUGUCAUCUAGUAAUUCCAUCCAUUUGAUGGCUUUGGAAAAAAAGACAAGUAGCUCUAGCCGAAAAGCAUUGGACUUUUCUACCAACCGUUCUUUUGUGGAAUCAGAGUGUGAAAAUGAACUUGGCAAAGUGCCUUCACUGAAGUACUGUAAAGUUUUAAAUGGCAUUAAACAGUCAUCGGUUUCCGAAUGCCAUUGUUUGGAGCCAGAAGAGAUAGGGCUGUGCACCAAUGGAUCUGACACUCCCCCGGGUGUCUCUAAUUGCAGCUUGGUUUGCCCAAACUAUUUUGCACCUAAAACGAGAACUCUUAAGCUUCCAGAUUUUGAGGACGAUGAAGAAGAACUUCAGUCUUCUGAACAGUCGUUGGAGUUUAGUAGUGUUAAUACCACUGUGGUAGAUGAAGAGGAGGAAGAUGAAGAACUUCCAAGUAUACUUUCACGCCCUGAGCCAUGUUCCAUAGAAGCUGGAAUGUUAGUCUGGUGUAAAUAUCAAAAAUAUCCCUAUUGGCCAUCAGUGGUAAAAAGUGUAAAGCGGAAGGAUAAGAAAGCAAGUAUAUUAUAUAUUGAAGGAAAUAUGAAUCCAGAAAAGAGAGGGUUUACAGUGUCUCUUAGGCGAUUAAAGCACUUUGAUUGUGAAGAAAAGCAGGAGCUUAUGGAUAAAGCCAAGGAGGAUUACAGUCAGGGUGUUGACUGGUGUAUCAUGCUGAUUUCUGACUACAGAAUUCGAAUCGGUUGUGGUUCUUUUGUAGGAUCUUUCCUGGAAUAUUACUCUGCUGAUAUUAGUUGUCCAGUGAGGAAAGUAAUCCAGCAAGCACCUAUAAAAACAGUGUUUCCCAUACUGAACAAGGAAGAGCCUGAAGAUGGCCUGUCCGAUACAUCCUUAAACAAAAAACAGUCCUUUAAGAAAGUCCUUCCAGACCGAAGGAGGGCUGCCAGAGACAAAGCCAAUGAGAAGUUAGUGGAAUACAUAGUGAAUGAAAAAGGGGCAGAGAACCAUCUUUUGGCUAUUUUAAAAAGCAGGAAAAAAUCCAGGUGGCUGAAAGAAUUUUUGAAUUCAAGUCAGUACAUGACGUGUGUUGAAACAUACCUUGAGGAUGAUGAGCAGUUGUACCUUGUGGUGAAAUAUUUACAAGAAGUCUAUCAAGAAAUAGACAGCAAAAUGCUGACGCUAAUAAAUGGCGACGGAAUAAAAUUUAUUCUGGAUGUUCUUUUGCCUGAAGCAAUCAUUUAUGCGAUAUCUGCAAUUGAUGAAAUAGACUACCAGACAGCUGAAAAAAAAUAUAUAGAAGGACCAUCUGUGAGCAAAAGGGAAAGAGAAAUGUUUGAUAAAGAACUUUUAGAGGAAAAAAAAAAGGAACUUACAUUGUUGAAGACUGAAACAUCUUUUCCAGAAAUGUCUCCGGAUGUGUCAAAACUGUAACAGCAAAGCUUUGUGAAGUCAUCUUAUAGAUGUAGUUAGUAAGAGAGCUUUCUGUGUAAAAUUCUCCUUAUAUUAUAAAUGUUUUGUGAAAUUGGGAGCUUUUGAAGGGUUUUUAGAUCUUAACUGAUUUUGGACAUAUCUAUUGUUGGUUGGAUGUUUUCUGUGGCACUGCUUAUGAAUUUUCAGGGAUUCUUUACUUAGAUUAUUUACAAAAGUAGUCAAUAGUGUGCAUUUCUAUUUUUGUAACAUACACUGCAGGCCAGUUUCCUACCCCGAUCCCUUUUUUAAAAUUUUGAUUUCAAAUUGAUAUCAAAUUGAUAAUUAAUGUUUGAAGAAACCAACACAUUUUGUAGUAUUUCUGGUUACUCUUGUGCUGUCCUAUUUAGUGUAAAUUGCACAUUGCUUUUUUUUGAUAUUGAAGGAGAAAUCACUGAUGUCAGUCUUUAAAGAGUGUUGUUUUUUUAAUCCUAGUUUUGGAUAUGUAAUAAUAGGAAAUUCUGUAAACAUCAGUCCUUUUUAAAAUAUUGCUUCAUUGAUAUUCAAUAUGUUGGGCUUCCUCUUAAUAUUCUUCCUGCCCCUAUUUUCUUUAUAUUCAUUUUGGGAAGAAAUUACCUCCAAGAGGUGAAACCUGAGUCAGAAAUGUUUUCUUAUUGCUAACAGAAUAACCACAAUUAUAUGUGCUACAAAGUAUAAGUUGCAAUAUUAUCAUAACUAUUUUAAAUGGAGCUUUUCCAAGUAAUCCAGAGUGAGAAUGGAUCUAUGAGUGCUUACAAAUCAUGCAUUUUUCAAGAUUGUGUGAGUGAAUGAAAUUACAUUGUAUUGUCAACCAUUUGGAUAGCCCCGGGCCAGAUUCUCUCACUACUUAUCUCACCUUCCCACGUGCAUCUCCAUUUUUUGGCUGUGACUGAAUCUUAACCUGGCAAGCCUUGGUCUCAGGCAUUGUGACAGCUAGAUUUCAUUGUAUCAGCAGACUGGUGCAUUUGACCGGAUCAUCUUAGUUUGAUCCCCACAGGCUUUCUGAAUAACUUGUUAUAGGAAACUCAAACACUCCUCUUUAGGAUUUAUCUAGAUCAUUUGUUGGGGGCUAAGUCAGUAUCAGAAACAAUUGCAUUCUUCAGUUUUACAUUCUCAUCAAAAACAGUCAUGGAUAUCUAGACCCUGGAAAUAAGUAGUAAAAUCUUCAGAUUCUAAUAGGUUUUGGCCAUUCAAAUUUAGGAAGGACUAUCUUGUUGAUAACAAAAGACUCAAACCUAUUGAGUGAUUCAGUCCCAGAAAGAGAUGAAAGUUUUAUUUUUGUGGACUUAAGGUAUUAAAGAAGUUAAAUUUUGUUUUCCAGAUUCUUGAGUGAAUAUGAAUGCUAAAAUGUGGUGUAAACAUGAGUUUAGUAUAAUUUUAUAUCCUACUAUGGAUGAAUUGCUUAUAGUCUUGCUAUGUAUGUACAUAUACGUACAUUUGCAUAUAUAUAUAAACAUGUGUUAUAUAGUGUGAGUAUAUGUGAAUAUAUGAAAUUCCUAUGCAUAUCUUUUUUUUUUCCUUUAAGAUUAGGGAAUCUUAAAGAUUGUAUUUUUGUAUUUGGGAGUGGGAUAGGGAACAAAGAAAACCUAUUUUCUUAAUCUCAGUAUAGCUUUAGAAUCUUGUGUUAAUAAGUAUAUAUGAACUGGGCAAUUGCACUAAAAUUUGUCACUAGGUUAUUGUUCCUUUUUUUGAAAGAGGACAUAAUUUACCCAAGUCAUACGAAGAAUAUAAGCCAAUGAUAACUUAUAAUGGGCUAUUUUCAAGUGAAUUUUUAAGUAUACAAAGUAGACAGAGACAUGUGAGUUAAUUUCAAUGCUGUUUUCUUUGCUCAACCUGGGGAAUAUUUUGUGCUUGUAAAUAGUCAUCUUCCUUAAUACCCUUGAAUAAAAUCAAAGAAUUCUAAAAAAGAAACCCAUUUUUAAGCAAUAAGUCUCUUUUUGUUAUUUCACCUUCCUUUGCCAUUUAAUCCAAAUGAAUUGUUUCAAGUAUUUUCCAUGUUUAUGGUACUACUAAGUAAAUUCCUGGAAUUGGGGUAUUCAGAGGUCUGAGAGUCAGCGGCAGCCGCUGUCCUUCAUCUGUUUGCCUUUUCUACACGUCCUCUCAUCAGUCUCUUCCUCAAGCAUAAAGAAAUACAUUUUCUCCUCAGUCUCCAUCUUAAUAUUCCCAGGGAAUGUGAAUCAGUAACUAGUCUGGAUACACAGCUGCAGAGCCAUUUACAGAUCAGAAGGGAUCUUGCCAUGCUGCUCUCGCCAGUGUUUGAAAAUGUGUGCCACAGCUCAUCCAUCGACCCCCCCCCCACACACACACAAAAAAAGUCCUCUUCUUCCCAAAGCAUAAUACCGAAAGAAAUGGGAGAAGAGGAGAUGGACAUUUCUUAUAUCAGGAGAAUAAGCUUUCUGUGACUCUCCACAAUGGUUUUAUAGCAGGGGUACUUGUCUUUCUAUCAAAGCUAUCCUUAUGGAAGAAGUUUAAUUUAGGUUGAUGAUACCUUAUUUUUUUCAAGUAAUCAUCUCUAGUUUAAAUUGAUUAGUUCAAAAGCAUUCACCUUAUAAUAAUAAAAAUAAUACUGCCCUUGGAAGUGGUGCCAUAACCAUUUUUAAAAUGCUGUGAUAAAAUCAAAGGUCAAAUAUGGGGAGUGGGGGUAUCUGGCUGUGGGUGGGUGGGGAG